AUGCUCCGCCUCAGGGCUUUCCGGCCGACGAGCGACAAGGUGGUGAAGAUCCAGCUCCACCCCACUCACCCCUGGCUUGUCACCGCCGACGCCAAUGACCGCGUCUCGGUCUGGGACUGGGAGCACCGCCAGGUGAUCUAUGAGCUGAAGGCUGGUGGCGUCGAUGAACGGAGGCUGGUUGGUGUGAAGCUUGAGAAGCUCGCCGAGGGAGAAACUGAUUCUAAAGGAAAGCCCACUGAGGCAAUCCGAGGCGGAAGUGUAAAGCAGGUUUCUUUUUAUGAUGACGAUGUACGCUUUUGGCAACAUUGGCGCAAUUGCUCUGCUGCUAGCGAGGCUCCAACUGCAGUUAAUCAACAAUCGUCCGCUUUCAGUGCACCUGCACCAUCUACAAGAGGAAGACAUUUUGUUGUUAUUUGUUGUGAGAACAAAGCAAUAUUUUUGGACUUGGUGACUAUGCGUGGCCGCGAUGUUCCUAAGCAAGAGCUUGACAACAAGUCACUUUUAUGUAUGGAGUUCCUCUCCAGGUCAUCUUCUAGUGAUGCCCCUCUUGUUGCAUUCGGGGCGUCCGAUGGUGUGAUUAGAGUUCUCUCAAUGAUGACAUGGAAGCUUGUGAGAAGGUAUACUGGUGGACAUAAAGGAGCAAUAUCUUGCUUAAUGACAUUCAUGUCUGCAGCCGGCGAGGUACAUUUAGUUUCUGGUGGUAGUGAUGGCCUGCUGGUAUUAUGGAGCGCUGAUCAUAUCCAUGACUCUCGGGAACUUGUACCUAAGAUUAGUUUGAAGGCUCACGAUGGAGGGGUGGUUGCGGUUGAACUUUCAAGGGUAAUGGGAAGUGCGCCACAGCUCAUUACAAUAGGGGCUGAUAAAACUUUAGCCAUAUGGGAUACCGUUACAUUCAAGGAAAUAAGGCGCAUUAAACCAGUACCUAAACUUGCCUGCCAUAGUGUUGCAUCUUGGUGCCACCCUCGUGCACCAAACCUUGAUAUUCUGACUUGUGUCAAGGACUCCCAUAUUUGGGCCAUAGAACAUCCGACUUAUUCUGCUUUAACAAGACCACUCUGCGAAUUGUCCUCGCUUGUUCCUCCACAAGCCCUUGCACAGCAUAAGAAACUGAGGGUUUACUGCAUGGUGGCACAUCCCUUGCAACCACAUCUUGUUGCUACUGGAACAAACAUCGGUAUUAUUUUAAGUGAGUUCGAUCCAAGAGCACUACCGGCUGUUGCUCCUCUACCAGCACUGACAGAAAGCAAGGAACACUCUGCUGUUUACAUUGUUGAAAGAGAACUUAAGUUGCUGAAUUUCCAAUUGUCAAACACAGCAAACCCGUCCCUUGGAAGUGCAUCUGAAGCAGGAAGAUCAAGGAGUGAAUCUAUAGAUCAGCUGAUAGUUAAGCAAAGCAAGAAGCAUAUCAGCACACCCGCUCCUCAUGAUUCGUAUUCAAUUCUUUCAGCUAGCAGUUCUGGAAAGUAUGUUGCAGUUGUAUGGCCAGACAUUCCUUCAUUCGUUGUGUACAAAGCUAGUGAUUGGUCAGUUGUUGAUUCAGGCACGGGAAAACUUUUUGCAUGGGACAGCUGUCGUGACAGAUAUGCUUUGGUCGAGAGUGCAUUGGCUCCAAGGAUGCCACUUAUUGUGAAAGGUGGUUCCUCUAAAAAGGCAAAAGAAGCAGCUGCAGCAGCAGCUCAAGCAGCAGCUGCAGCUGCUAGUGCUGCUUCUUCAGCCACAGUACAAGUUCGCAUUUUGUUAGAUGACGGAACAGCUCAUGUUCUGCAGAGAUCCAUUGAUGGCCGUAGUGAACCGGUCGUUGGCUUGCAUGGUGGUGCUCUUCUUGGUGUUACAUACCGAACAUCUCGUAGAAUCAGUCCUUUGACGGCCACUGCUAUAUCAACUGUUCAAUCAAUGCCCCUAUCAGGCUUCGGAGGAAGUGGAUCAUCUUUUGCUUCGGAUGACCCAUUUUCCUCCAGAGAAGGGCCGCCCCAAAAUUUCCAGUUAUACAGCUGGGAGACCUAUCAGCCCGUAAGCGGCUUACUUGCACAACCUGAAUGGACUGUGUGGGACCAAACUGUUGAAUAUUGUGCAUUUGCUUAUCAGCAGUACAUUGUAAUUUCUUCCCUGCGACCUCAGUUUAGGUAUCUUGGGGAUGUUUCAAUUCCUUCUGCUACUGGUGCUGUUUGGCAUCGUAGACAGUUGUUUGUGGCUACACCAACAACCAUUGAGUGCGUCUUUGUUGAUGCUGGAGUUGCUGCCAUUGAUAUUGAGACAAAAAAGAGGAAAGAAGAAAUGAAAGCAAGAGAAGCUCAGGGUCGAGCAGUUGCAGACCAUGGAGAUUUGGCUCUUAUCACAGUCGAAGGUCCCCAGGUCACUGCAAGUGAAAAAAUAUCAUUAAGACCUCCUAUGUUGCAGGUUGUUCGUUUAGCCUCCUUUCAGCAUGCUCCAUCGAUACCACCAUUUAUAGUGCCGAAGCAAUCCAAAUUAAAUGGGGAUGAUUCAGUAUUUCUGAAAGAAUUGGAUGAUAGAAGAUAUUCUGAAGUGGCUGUUGCUGGAGGAGGGGUAUCGGUUGCAGUAACUCGCUUUCCUCCUGAGCAGAAAAGACCUAUUGGGCCACUUGUCCUGGUUGGUGUCAGAGAUGGAGUUCUGUGGCUCGUUGACAGGUAUAUGUGUGCACAUGCCUUGUCUCUCAGCCAUCCCGGUAUUAGAUGUCGGUGCCUUGCAGCAUAUGGAGAUCCAGUUAGUGCUGUCAAAUGGGCUACUAGACUUGGCCGAGAGCACCAUGAUGACCUUGCUCAAUUUAUGCUUGGAAUGGGCUAUGCUACUGAAGCACUUCAUUUACCUGGAAUAUCCAAGAGGUUAGAAUUCGAUCUUGCAAUGCAAAGCAAGGACUUGAAAAGAGCACUUGCAUGUCUGCUGACAAUGAGCAAUAGCCGAGACGUGGGACAAGAAACUACUGCUACUGAUGUUACGCAGAUUCUCAAUUUAGCAGUAGCUAAGCAGGCUAAGCAAGAAAGUCUUGCAGAUGCCGUGCAGGGAAUAGUGAAAUUUGUCAAGGAGUUUUUUGACCUUAUUGAUGCCGCAGAUGCCACCGGCCAGGCUGAAAUUGCUCGUGAAGUUCUGAAGAGAUUAGCUGCGGCAGCUUCUGUAAAGGGAGCUCUGCAUGGGCAAACCUUACGAGGCCUGGCACUACGUCUUGCAAACCAUGGGGAACUUACUAGACUAUCGGGUUUAGUGGCCAAUUUGAUCACAGCUGGCCAUGGAUGUGAAGCAGCAUUUGCAGCUGCAGUUCUGGGUGAUAAUGCCCUCAUGGAGAAAGCAUGGCAAGACACAGGAAUGCUGGCUGAGGCCGUUUUACAUGCUCAAGCCCAUGGUCGUCCAUCGUUAAGGAGCUCAGUCAUAACAUGGAACAAGAUGCUGCAAAAGGAGCUGGAUCACAUGCCAACCGUAAAAACCGAUGCUGCAGCAGCAUUCUUGGCUUCUCUUGAGGACCCGAAGCUCACUAGUUUGGGAGAAACUGAGAAAAAGCCACCAAUUGAAAUACUUCCUCCUGGAAUGCCGCCUCUAUCUGCACCUCCCAUUAUUAUUAAAAAGGCUGCUGCAAAACCUGGGCUUCCUAAUGCCGCACAGACCCCAGGUGCUCCCAUGAAUCAAGGCACCCCAAUGGCUCAAGGUACUCCCAUGAAUCAAAGCACCCCAAUGGCCCAAGGUACUCCUGUGGCUCAAGGUGCCCCCAUGGCUCAAGCCCCUCCUGCUCUGGCACAAAGCACCGAUGAGGUAAAGCCAUUGGAGGCUACAACAGCUCCUGACAAUGUGGAGGCUACAGCAGCUACUAGCAAUGCCGAAGCUACUGCAGCCCCUGGUACUGCGGAAGCUACAGAAGCUCCGGUUCCAGACCCAACAAGCAGCAGUCCUGACGCUGCUGCUGCUCCUGCUCCAGCAGCUGAUUCCAGUGGCACUGAUGCACUUGCUGUUACUCCCAGUGAUUCUACAAAUGAUGCACCUUCUACCAAGGAACCAGAGACACAGGAUAAACCACCUUCAACAGAGGCGUCGCCAUCACCUCCACCCAGUAUUUCUGCUUGCUCAAAAGACGACGAGCAGUAUAUGAGUAGCCAUGUACAUCUGCUGUUCUCGUCAGGAAGAGAACUAUACCGCGACUGGAGCCGUAGCCCAAGCCUUUUGUGA